AUGCUAUCUCCUGCUACCAGAACUAUUAUUAAGGCUACCGUUCCAAUCUUGGAACAACGUGGUACUGAAAUCACUACCACUUUCUACAAGAACAUGUUAAGUGAACACACUGAACUAUUAAACAUUUUUAACAGAAUUAACCAAAAGAAGGGUGCUCAACCAACUGCUUUAGCUACUACUGUUUUGGCUGCUGCUAAGAACAUCGACGAUUUGUCCCCAUUACUAGGUCACGUCAAACAAAUUGGUCAAAAGCACCGUGCUUUACAAAUCAAGCCAGAACAUUACCCAAUUGUUGGUGAAUAUUUAUUGAAGGCUAUCAAACAAGUUCUAGGUGAUGCGGCUACUCCAGAAAUUAUCGAAGCUUGGGGUGAAGCCUACAAUGAAAUUGCUAAUGUUUUCAUAACUGUUGAAAAGGAAAUGUACAAAGAAGCUGCUUGGGAAGCUUGGAAGCCAUUCACUGUUACUUCUAAACAAUUAGUCGCUAGUGACAUUUACGAAUUCACUGUAACUGCUGAUGCUGGUAGUGGUAUUGAUUUGGCCAAGUUGCCAAUCGUUGCUGGUCAAUAUAUCACUGUCAACACUCAUCCAACAAUUCAAAACAACCAAUACGAUGCUCUACGUCAUUACUCUCUAUGUUCCGUUGACCCAGUUAACGGUCUAAAGUUCGCUGUUAAGCUUGAAACUUCUAAGGGUAACCCAGAAGGUUUAGUCUCUGAAUACUUACACGACAAGGUUAACGUUGGGGACAAGAUAAAACUAAGUGCUCCAGCUGGUGAUUUCGCUCUAAACGAGAAACUAAUUAACCAAAUUGAAGUUCCAUUAGUUCUAUUAUCUGCCGGUGUUGGUGUCACUCCAAUUCUAGCUAUGCUGGAACAACAAAUCAAUGCUAACCCAAAGAGACCAAUCUACUGGAUCCAAUCCUCUCGUGAUGAAAAGGAUCAAGCUUUCAAGGCUAAGGUUGAUGAACUAUUGGCUAAAUGUGAUAAUGUCACUAAAGAAAUUGUCCACACUAACAAGACCGACCGUAUUAAUGCUGACUUCUUAGAAGCUAAGGUUCCAGGUCAUGCUGAUGUCUACAUCUGUGGUUCUCUAGAUUUUAUGAAGGGUAUGAUUGCCCACUUGAAGGCUUUAGAACACAACGACGACAUGAUCCACUACGAACCGUUCGGUCCAAAGAUGUCUACUGUCUCCGUCUAG